AUGAGUGUGAUUGAAAAUGAAUGUGGUAACGGUUUAAAUAUAAUUUGUAAAAAUGAUAAAAUUAAAUAUUAUUAUUAUUAUUAUUAUUGGCUUAGAGAUCAUUGUAAAUGUGAUAAUUGCUAUAAUAAAAUAACAUUACAAAAAAAAAUUGACUUGAUUGAUAUACCAAUUGAAAUAAAAGCUAAAAAUUAUUCAAUCGAUGGAGACGAACUUAAUAUUGUUUGGGACGACGAACAUCGUUCUAAAUACUCGCUCGAGUACUUAAAAGAAUUAACGUUUGACAAUCAUCGUAAUAAAUUAAUAAGAAAUUAUGUACUUUGGACAAAAGAUGAUAUUAUUAAAUAUGACGUUUGUCACGUAGAUUAUAAAAAAAUUUUGGAAUCCGAUGAAGGAAUUUACUCGGUCAUGAAAUCACUCGUAGAUUAUGGCGUAGGAUUUAUAGAAAACGUACCACCAAAUGUAAAAUCAACAGAAGAAGUAAUAUUGAAAUUAUCCCACGUUCAAAAUACAGUUUUUGGAAGCAUGUGGCAAUUUAGCGAUGAUAUGGACCAUAACGACACAGCAUACACAAAACAAUAUUUAGGUCCUCACACAGAUAAUACAUAUUUCACAGAAGCUGCCGGUCUUCAGGUAUUACAUUGCAUAAAUCACACGGGAACAGGUGGAGAAAAUUUUUUAAUCGAUGGAUUUAAAGCGAUUGAAAUAUUAAAAGAAAAUUUUCCUGACACUUUUACCAGAUUGACAUUGAUCGAAGUCGAAGCUGAAUAUUUAGAACCUGGAUAUCAUUAUACCUUUUCCGGACCUUUAAUUAAACUUCAUCCUGUAACAAAACAACCGGAACAAAUUAGAUAUAAUAUUCACGAUAGAGCUCCCGUCACCAUACCACAGGAUCAAAUCCUUCAACAUUAUAAUGAUUUAAGAAUAUUGGGUUCGAUAAUAAAAAAUCCAGAUUUGGAAUGGAAAUUUAAAUUAAAUCCCGGGACUGUAUUGAUAUUUGAUAAUUUUAGAAUUCUUCACGGAAGGACAUCAUAUACAGGUCAUCGAACCAUGUGCGGUUGUUAUAUAGGAAGAGGAGAUUUUUUAAGCAAAGCAAGAGUUUUAAAAUUAAUUAAUUGA